AUGAGCUCCUCGCAGCUUCCCGGCUUCAUCACGCGACAAAGCAUCGUCGUGGUGGUGCUCUUCCUCGCCCUCCUCUUCUUCAUCCUCGCGCUUGCCCUGCCCUGGUACAAGAUUACCGAGACCAACGUGCCCUACCCCACCUGGGACGGCAACACCACCGCCACCGUCGUCUCCACCUUCUACUGGACCGGCGUCACCCUCACCAUCAACUCCACCAACGCCACCGUCAUCUCGCCCAGCCCCUCUGCCGCCCCCUCCACCGACCCCAGCCCCUCGUCCAGCCCUUCGCCCAGCCCGCAGGCCUCCAACUCGUCGGCGGCCGUCGCCGCAGCCGCGGUAGAGACAUCAUCAACCACAUCAUCAACCACCACUACUCGAAAGAUGCCGUGGUCGGACUUCCCUACAGAUGCGGUCGAGGCCAAGCUGCUGACGUCGCUGGCGCUGCUGGUGGCGGCGGUCGGGCUCGACCUGGUGCUGCUCGGGCCGGUCCUGUUCGCGCGCACCUUCCUCAACCGCCGCUUCGGGCACAAGGCCACCAAGUGGGCGCUGCUGUGCGUGUCGCUGGCCAUGAUCAUCUGCGCCUUCCUGGCCUGGUUCCUCUUCUUCGGCCUCUGCGAGAGCUUCGCGCUGGACGAGUCGUUCUGCCCGGACGAGGCCUACCUCGGCCUGUCGGUCUUCGACGAGGAGAAGUACUGGUGCACCACCUUCAUCGGCGACCGCUCCAACAUCGGCCGUUUCCACACCGACUUUAAAUGGGGUCCUCUCAGCGGCUGGUGGAUGGCGCUGGUGGGUGCCAUCGUGUCGGUCGUGGCGUCGUUCUGCCUGUUCCUGCUGAAGCCGCCCGCCAUGGAGGAGCUCGGCCACAAGCGACCCCUCCUGCACGACAACGACUACGUCUCCUACCACUGA